AUAUCAGAUCAGUAGUUAUUCACCGCCCGAUCGAUCGGGAGCAAACGCCAACUCCAAGGCGGGGUAUCAACAAGUAACUCUUGUGCUUCAAAUCUUUAAUGUAGAAGGGAUGGAUCCUAGACGUCUACUUAGCAGCACUCUGCUGUUGUUGAUGGUGAUCUUUUUUGUCGAUGCGAGAAAGAAAAAUCGUCGUCCAAAUGUGAUCAUUUUGUUUGCAGACGACUUGGGAUAUGGAGACCUUCAGGUGUACGGACACCCAACGUCGUCUACGCCCAACCUCAACCGACUGGCUCGCGACGGGAAGGUGUUCACUCAGUUCUACGCCGCGGCGGCUAUAUGCAGCCCAUCCAGAGCUGCUCUUCUUACCGGCCGCUACCACAUGCGAUCUGGGAUCUAUCCUGGUGUCUUCAAUGUCACAUCGUCUGGAGGCCUUCCACACCGUGAGGAAACCAUCGCAGAAAUGGUCAAGGGGCGUGGCUACUACACAGCUAUGGUUGGCAAGUGGCAUCUCGGUGUGGGGCGUGAAGGGAGGUACCUCCCACCCGCCCAUGGUUUUGACGAGUUCUUAGGUCUUCCUGCAUCUCACAGUCACUGUCCAUGCAGCAUCUGCUUUCAUCCAAACCGAACCUGCGUCUACAGCUGCAAGCAGAACUUCAGUCCCUGUCCUCUCUACAAUGGCACCACUAUCAUCGAACAACCCAUCGACCUGAUGACUCUGGAUGAGAAGUACGCCACUCAGGCUCGCAGGGCCAUCAGGAAGAGUGUUGACGCUGGGAAACCCUUCUUUCUGUACUACUCCUUCCAGCAUACCCAUGACCCGCAGUAUGCAGACUGGAGGAACACUGGGGCGACUGCUCGGGGUGACUACGGUGACGCCCUGGCAGCGAUGGACUGGGAGAUUGGGCAGGUGAUGGAAGAGCUUGAUCAGCAGGAUAUAUGGGAGGAUACAUUCAUCUUCUUCAGUGCAGACAAUGGACCAAGUCUCUCUAAGCGAUGGGGAGGCAGUGUAGGACUUUUAAAGUGUGGCAAGGCCACCACCUACGAGGGAGGUGUUCGGGUCCCAGCCAUAGCCCACUGGAAGGGUCGUAUCAAGCCUGGUUACACCUUAGAACUUUCCAGCACCUUGGAUAUUCUACCAACUGUAGCCAAGAUCACAGGGGCCAGACUUCCCAAUGCUGUGUUAGACGGUGUAGACAUGGCACCAUUUCUCUUUAAUGAUGGCAAGAGUUUGAGAGAGACGUUCUUCUACUACUCACCAGCAGCCAGUGAGAAACAGAAUUCCUUUGCAGUUCGUUACAAGCAAUACAAGGCUCACUUCUACACCAAGGGUUCCACUCUCUCAGGGGUGGGACAUCCCGACCCAGACUGCAGGAAGACUGCCAAGAGAACCAAACACAGCCCUCCCCUUCUCUAUGACCUCCACAGGGAUCCUGCAGAACAGUACAACAUUGCCUACGAGCCUGAGUACCAGGAUAUCAUCCAGCUCAUCACCCGCAUUAGGGAAGACUUUGAUGGGAGGAUGGAGUGGGCUGUGUCAGAGAUGCAUAAACCAUCUUACAGUGAGUACAUGCCCUGUUGCAAUCCUGGAUGUGAGCCACAGCCGUACUGCUGCCACUGCACCCUGACAAGCUCAAUUGCCUACAAUCCUUGGGAGCUCUACACCGACAUCUGGCAAGAUAGCAACAGGGAAGGGAAGAUGAAGAGGAAGGAGAGGAAGGAGCUCUUUAAACGAGAGCGAGAGGAGGGCCGAAGGCAGCUGGCGUUUAAUAAAGACCAGAAAAGAGGGAGGGACAAUGCUCAAGAUGUCUUCUUAGAUGCUGAUCUUGAUAGAGGUGCAGGUAGAGAUAGAGUAAGGGAUGGAAACAGAGAUAACAACAGGGGAAUCUUUGAUGACCCUCCAGUAGGAGUCACAGACAGAGAUCGGGUGAGGGAUAAACCACAAAGAGGCUGGGAGAAGGAUAGUGAUGGCACGAGGGAAAGAAUGAAAGUCAGUCCUAGAGGAAGAGUCCGGAUCAUCACAGCUGAAGAUCCUCCAUUGAGGGGCGAUAGGGAUCGGAGUCGGGAUAGACACAGAGACAGUGGGAACACUUUUGGAGAAAACCAAAGAGAUAGACGAAGAGAAGGUGCGCGGAAAGAAGCCAGGUUAAAUGGUCAAGUAAAUAUUCCUGAAGAUGCUAGAGAAAGUGCUGGUAGUGGUAGCAACUUACAUUAUCUGAAUCCUUCACACUUACAUACCACCAGUGAAACACCUAGCCCACAGAAUGGGAGAAAGGAAUCAGGUGUGGGAUAUGGGGGAAGUGGUUCUCAUCAAGGCAGAGACAACUUGAGAGAUGCAACAGGACAAACAAUCAAUAAUUACUUCGGGAGCUUUGUUGCCUGGGACAGUUCCAAUGAGCAAAUGGAUGAGAGUAGUCUAGGAGGCAUUGCCAACCCUCUUGCAGACACUCAAGUCCAACAGGUGGCAAACACUUAUGAAGAAGCAUUUGAGACCACACCAAAUGCACCAUUGGCAUUUGACAUAGUGAUCAAAGACCGUAGGAGACAAAACAGAGACCAGAAGAACAUUGACAGGAGAUUAGAGAGGCAAAACAAAAAAGAGUUGCGGAAAAUAAGGUUUGGUACAGAUCGAAACGAUGAUCGGACAUUUAACUUUUGAUGGAAACUACAGAUGCAUGUUACUGCAAACAUGAUGCUUCUGUGUCAAUGGAUUGGUGAAAGAGAAUGCAUAAUGUUGAAUUUCUGAAGUGCCAGUAUGAACAUGUGUUGCUAUUACACCAUUAUCCUCGUUGAUGGUCAUCCGAACCGUCAUAUCACAGAUUUGAAAGUGCAAACCCAUUUCAGAGAAAAUCUACUUAAAAGUUUACUAUGAUUUCCACACUUUUGUCCACAGCCUUGCAAGAUUUUCAUUGCUA